AUUAUGACUGUACCAAAUGACCCUUAUACUUUUCUGUCCUGUGGUGAAGAUGGAACUGUUAGGUGGUUUGACACACGAAUCAAAACUAGUUGCACAAAAGAAGAUUGCAAAGAUGAUAUUUUAAUUAACUGCCGGCGUGCUGCCACAUCUGUAGCUAUUUGUCCACCUGUACCAUAUUAUCUUGCUGUUGGUUGUUCUGAUAGCUCAGUACGGAUUUAUGAUCGGCGAAUGCUGGGCACAAGAGCUACAGGGAAUUAUGCAGGUCGGGGAACUACUGGAAUGGUUGCUCGCUUUAUUCCUUCUCAUCUUAAUAAUAAGUCCUGCAGAGUGACAUCGCUGUGUUACAGUGAAGAUGGUCAAGAGAUUCUUGUUAGUUAUUCUUCAGAUUAUAUCUACCUAUUUGACCCCAAAGAUGAUACAGCACGAGAACUUAAAACUCCUUCUGCAGAGGAGAGGCGAGAAGAGUUACGACAGCCUCCAGUUAAGCGUUUGAGACUUCGUGGAGAUUGGUCAGAUACUGGUCCCAGAGCAAGGCCUGAGAGCGAACGAGAGCGAGAUGGAGAACAAAGUCCCAAUGUGUCAUUGAUGCAGAGAAUGUCCGACAUGUUAUCAAGAUGGUUUGAAGAAGCUAGUGAAGUGGCACAAAGUAAUAGAGGACGUGGACGAUCUCGACCCCGAGGUGGAACACAUCAGUCAGAUGUUUCAACUCUUCCUACGGUCCCAUCAAGUCCUAAUUUGGAAGUGGGUGAAACUGCAAUGGAUGUAGAUACACCAGCUGAACAACUUCUUCAACCUUCUACGUCCUCCACAUUGUCAGCUCAGGCUCAUGCAGAAGCAUCUACCCUAGAAAACCCUCAUUCUGCUUCUUUCCCAUCUUCUCCAGAUAGUGAACAAAGACAAUCUAUGGAGGCAUCUGGACACCAUACACAUCAACAGUCUGAAUUUUUAAGGGGGCCUGAGAUAGCUUUGCUCCGUAAGCGCCUGCAGCAGCUGAGGCUUAAGAAGGCUGAGCAACAGAGGCAGCAAGAGCUAGUAGCACAUGCCCAACAUCAGCCUUCCACUUCUGAUCAGUCUUCUCGUGAGGGCUCUUCACAGGACCCUCAUGCUUCAGAUUCUCCUUCUUCUGUGGUUAACAAACAGCUCGGAUCCAUGUCACUUGAUGAGCAACAGGAUAACAAUAAUGAAAAGCUGAGCCCCAAACCAGGGACAGGUGAACCAGUUUUAAGUUUGCACUACAGCACAGAAGGAACAACUACAAGCACAAUAAAACUGAACUUUACAGAUGAAUGCACGUAUGUAGAAGUCACAGGAUCACUGGUAGGAGUGGUUCUCUCUUUCCAUCAUGUAGGUUCCAGGAAUCAAACUCAGGUCAUCAAGCUUGGCAACAGGAGCAGUACAGCCUCGAGCUCUAGAGGAAACAGCAGCCAUUGCAAAUCUGAGGAUCAGGGAGAAUACCUGGUCCCACAGAGCUCUGUGCAGUCACCAGGAGGAGGCAGUGAAACUAUAGCUCCUGAAGAACCGUCUGAGGAGAGUUCAUCUGCAGAAAAUCCAGUUCAAAACCAGAUAGAUAGAGCACAAUUAGAUAAUUUCACAGCUGAGCCAUUGGAGUCUAACCCAGGAGAAAAGAAUGACUCCAGUCUUGAUAGCCCUUGUGGGGUUCCAGCAGAAUCCACCUUGUCCGAACAAAGCAAGGAAAAUUCAGAUCAGACUAGCAAUGAGAAUGCUUCCAAUCAGACUAGCACCAAUCCUGAGCUCCCAUGCCAAACAGAAGCCAUCGGGCCUUUAGCUCAUGAGGAAACAUCAGCCAGGGACUCUGCUCUCCAGGACACAGAUGAUAGUGACGACGACCCAGUCCUGAUUCCAGGUGCAAGAUACCGAACAGGACCUGGUGAUAGGCGCUCUGCUGUCGCCCGCAUUCAGGAGUUCUUCAGGAGGAGAAAAGAAAGGAAAGAGAUGGAAGAAUUGGAUACUUUGAGCAUUAGAAGGCCACUAGUAAAGAUGGUUUAUAAGGGCCAUCGCAACUCCAGGACAAUGAUAAAAGAAGCCAAUUUUUGGGGUGCUAAUUUUGUAAUGAGUGGUUCUGACUGUGGCCAUAUCUUCAUCUGGGAUCGGCACACGGCUGAGCAUUUGAUGCUUUUGGAAGCUGAUAAUCAUGUGGUCAACUGCCUGCAGCCUCAUCCGUUUGACCCAAUUUUAGCCUCAUCUGGCAUAGAUUAUGACAUAAAGAUCUGGUCACCACUAGAAGAAUCGAAGAUUUUUAACCGAAAACUUGCUGAUGAAGUUAUAACUCGUAAUGAACUCAUGCUGGAAGAGACUAGAAACACCAUUACUGUUCCAGCCUCUUUCAUGUUGAGGAUGUUGGCAUCACUGAAUCAUAUCCGAGCUGACCGUUUGGAGGGUGACAGAUCAGAAGGUUCUGGUCAGGAGAAUGAAAAUGAGGAUGAAGAAUGAACAACUCUUUGGCAAGCACUUAGAUGUUCUGCAAUUUGUAUACAUUUAUUAUAUUUUUUUCUUUACAGAACUUUAGUGCAAUUUAAGGCUAUGGUAUUUUGGAGUUCUUCCCUUUUGAGGGGAUAACCAAACAUUGGUUUGGAAUGAGUGUGUGCAUGAAUUUGGGAGUGUGUGUAAAACAAAACAAGCAAAAUGUUUCUGAGAUGUUUUGCUGUGUAUGACGUGCUCAAAAUGCAAAGUGCAAUAUUUUCCCUAACCUUCAAAUGUGGGAGCUUGGAUCAAUGUUGAAAAGUCAUUUUCAUUAUAGUGAAAUGUUGGUUCAAAUAAAUUUCUAUACUUGCCAUUUGCAUGUUUGUUCCUUUCUAAUUAAAGAAGUCGGUUGUUUUAA